UGGCGUGCGGUCCGCCCGCUGGAGGCCGAACCUGGCUGAGGAGAACCAGUGGGACCCAGGCCCGCGGCGCCGCGGCCCUGAGCAGAAACGGUAGGGUGCGCCCCACCCGGCGGCCAGGCGGAGCCACAGAUGCCGGCCUCGGCCGCGCCGCCCCGCCCGGAUCCCGGGCCGCCUCCGGGCUCGCAUUUCCCGCUGCUGCUGUUGGCGGUGCUGAGCGGCCCGGUGUGCGGUCUGGUUCCCCGCUCGGUGCCCAGGACCUCGCUUCCCGUCUCCGAGGCUGACACUUACCUUACCCGGUUCACCAUCCCUCAGACGUACAAUUACUCUGUUCUUCUUGUGGAUCCUGCUUCCCAUACACUUUAUGUUGGCGCCCGGGACACCAUCUUCGCUUUAUCUCUGCCCUUCUCAGGGGAGAGACCUCGAAGGAUUGACUGGAUGGUGCCUGAGGGAGAAAGACAGAACUGUAGGGAGAAAGGACAGGAGGAGGAUGAAUGUCACAAUUUUGUCGAGAUUCUCGCCAUUGCCAAUGCCUCUCACCUCCUCACUUGUGGCACCUUCGCUUUUGAUCCGAAGUGCGGGGUUAUUGCCCUGUCCAGUUUCCAGCAGGUUGAAGGAAUUGAGAGUGGCCGGGGGAAAUGUCCAUUUGGACCAGCUCAGCGGUCAGCAGCUGUAAUGGCUGGGGGGGCUCUCUAUGCUGCCACUGUGAAAAACUUCCUGGGGACAGAGCCAAUUAUCUCCAGGGCUGUGCGCCGUGCUGAGGGACAGGCUGAGGAUUGGAUUCGGACAGAGGCAUACUGGCUUGACGCUUCAGCCUUUGUUGCUGCCAUGGCCUUGAGGCCAGCUGAGUGGGGGGAUGAAGACGGAGACAAGGAAAUCUACUUCUUCUUUACGGAGACUUCUCAAGCCUUUGACUCAGACGUGCACCUUGAAGUUCCUCGGGUGGCCCGUGUGUGUGCGGGGGACCUUGGGGGCCUUACGAGCCUCCAGAAGAAGUGGACGACCUUUCUGAAGGCUGACCUGCGGUGUCCAGGGCCUGAGGAUGGCCGGGCCUCUAGUGUCCUGCAGGACAUGGCUAUUCUUCGACCUGAGACUGGAAUCAGGGCCCCCAUCUUUUAUGGCAUCUUUUUCUUUCAGUGGGAGGGGGCUGCCAUCUCAGCUGUCUGUGCCUUCCGACCACAAGACAUUAGGACAGUGCUGAAUGGUCCCUUCAGAGAGCUGAAAGAUGACUGCAGCAGGGGACAGCCUGUCACGGAGAGUGAGGUACCCCAGCCCAGACCUGGAGAGUGCAUCGCUAAUAACCCGAAAUACCAGCAGUUUAACUCAUCACUCUCCCUGCCUAACCGUGUGCUCUCCUUCAUCCGGGAUCACCCCCUCAUGUACAGGCCAGUGCUUCCAGUUGAUGGACACUCCCUGCUGGUCACUACAGAUACAGUCUAUCUCAGAGUUGUGGCCCACAGGGUGGCCAGCCUGUCGGGGAAAGAGUAUGAUGUGCUCUACCUGGGGACAGAGGAUGGACACCUCCACAGAGCUGUGCGGAUUGGAGCCAAUCUCAGCGUCCUUGAGGAUCUGGCCUUAUUCCGAGAUCCACAGCCAGUUGAGAAUUUGAAAUUGUAUCAAAGCUGGCUCCUGGUUGGCUCCCAUACUGAGGUAACACAAGUGAAUACAACCAACUGUGGACGUCUCCAGAGCUGCUCAGAGUGCAUCCUGGCCCAAGACCCUGUCUGUGCCUGGAGCUUCCAGCUAGAUGCGUGUGUGGCCCAUGCUGACGAGCAUGGAGGGCUGGUCCAAGACAUAGAGUCAGCGGAUGUCUCUUCUUUGUGUCCUAAAGAGCCUGGAGAACACCCAGUAGUGUUUGAAGUUCUUGUGGCGACAGCUGUGCAUGUGGUCUUGCCAUGUUCCCCAAGCUCAGCCUGGGCAUCCUGUGUGUGGCACCAGCCCAGUGGAAUGACUGCUUUUACCCCCCGGAGGGAUGGGCUAGAGGUGGUGGUAACCCCAGGGGCCAUGGGUGCUUAUGCUUGUGAAUGUCAGGAGGGUGGGGCAGCCCGCGUGGUAGCGGCUUAUAGCUUGGUAUGGGGCAGCCAUCCAGUCCCUCCCCACCCGCUCCCCACAGACCUCCCCCCGGCCUCUCCCACAAGUCCCCUUCCGCCCCCCUCCUCAAGCCCCCCCUCAUGCUGGGCCCACACUGUGGGGGCUGGAAUGGCUGGCUUCCUUCUGGGGGUUCUUGCAGCAUCCCUAACUCUCAACCUGUUUGGUCGACAUCAGCAGCGACAGCAACAGAGGGAACCUCUGGCUAGAAACGAGGUGGGCUCAGACCUGGGGGCGCCGCCAUCUGGGACCACAAGCUCCAGCCAGGAUCCUCCCUCCUCUCCUGAAGAUGAGCGGCUGCCUCUGGCUGUAGGCAAGAGGGGCAGUGGCUUUGGUGGCUUCCCUCCACCUUUUCUGCUUGAUCCUUGCCCGAGCCCAGCCCAUAAUCAGUUAACUGGGGCUCCUCUGGCCCCAUGUGAUGAUACACCCAUCUAGGGCUGGGCAAGUGACCGCUAGUGCAUGACUGGCCACUGGAAUGGAGUGACCAUUGAGAUGUUGGGGUCACUGGAAUGGAGUGACCAUUGAGAUGUUGGGGUCACGGGGCCUGGAAAACCAUCAUGGCCUCUGAGUUCUCUUUGGCCUUUGAGUGAUCACUUGACUUCAGUGUCAGCCCUCUCUGGCCCUAGAUGGGUUCCAGGCCAGGCCUUUGUCUGUGUCCUGAUUCCUGAUUCCCAUGAGAGAUCAGAACUUCUCUCUGCAGUGAAUCAGGGCUUUUCCCAUCCCUGCUCUCUGAACCCCGGUAACCCCUUCAGUCCUGGCCCAUGAUUUUGGGCCCAUAAAUUUGGGGAGGGGCAUAGGACAUAGCUAUGACUUGUUCUUCUGGUUGGACCCUGGCCAGAAGGAGGAGCUAUGGAGGUGCUUGGAAGCUAAUGUGCACUGAGUCCUUGGAGUGGUUUUGCUGAUUCUUCCAGUUAGUCUAAUUCUGUGGAGAGUGCAUGAUUCCCAUCCCCACCACUUUUCCUUCUUCCACGAAAGAGCAUGUGUAUAAGAGUGUUCACAGGACACCUGCCAAAUGUGCAUGAAUGACGGGGCCAUUGCUCAGGUGUAUUCAUAGGGGUAAGGAGGGGGAAGGUUGGGGUGGAGGAUUGACUGCAGAACUUUAGACCCUAUAGCCAGUGAAGGAAUGGCUUUCUAAAAGGAAAUAAACAACUGCCCCCACUCCCUCAAUCACUUCUCACCACCCUUCUCUUGAGUUGAGAAACACUCCCAAAGAGGCCUUCUGGGUGGGAAGGGUAGCAGUACAUGUGACCCCAUAUUUCAGUUUGUUUUUGCCUCCUGGCUGCCACCACUGCCAUGCACAGCUGCUCUCUUUCUCUGGCUGGAGUGCAGGCUGGACCCCCUUUCCUUGGCUCCCAUUAAAAAUAAAUUUCACAACAUUCUAAAUAUUAGGGAACAACAAAAGGGGAACAGUCAGGAAAUACAAGCAGUGUAAAGAUAAGUUUGUAUCAGUGACUUUACUCAGGUUGACACCCUUGCCCUAAAGCAGUUAGUUCUCCAGUGGGGGUCCAUGGACUCCCUGAAAUCAUAUGCAAAAUGUUGUCUUUAUAUGUGUGUCUGUGUUUUUCUCGGGGCGGGGGUGGGGGGAUGUUUUAUGGCUUUCAUCAGAUUCUCAAGGCCUUAACACAGUUAAAGGACCACUGCCCCCAAGUCAUGACUCAGUUGGCCAAGCUGAGAUGGUGCCACUCAGCAGCAGCUCUCUGCCUAGGCCCACCUGCUCUGUGGCCAACCCCUGGACUUGCAGCUCCUGGAUGCCAUCUCAUUUCUCCAGACCCUGGAAGCUGAGCUCUGUGCAUAUUUGAAGACACUAUCAACUCUCACUAAACUUAAAGACUUCUUCCAGCUUCACGGCUCGCACUUGCUUUAGGCUUCUCCUGCUCGGUUCUGGUCUUGGCCUGUAAAUGUGCCUCAUUCAUCCCUGGUGGGAGGACCCCCCUCACCCACUUUGAUCUCCAAUGAAUGACCCAGCCCUUCCCAGUUGAUGUUUUCAGCUCUACUUUCCUUGUUGGCAGCCUGUGAAUUACCCAAAAGAGUCCCCUUGGGUUUGGACUUGUCAGUGGCUAUGCCCUAAUAAGUGUAUGAUCUUCAGCAAGUAAUCUAACCUAGGAACAUUGGUUUACUCAUCUGUAGAGUGGGGAUAAUAAUACCUACCUCAAGGUUGCUACAAGGAUUAAAUGAGAACAUGUAAACAAUAAAGCACUGUGUAUACCAGUA